AUGCACGGAAUUCCCAACAAGGUCCUAUCCAAGUUCCGGUUCCGCAACCGUCCCGUCGUCCAAGCCAAGCGACACUUCGUCCUCGGUGCCCAGCUACUCGCCCGCGCCAGAUCCUCCAAGAAUCGCUCCGAUUCCACCUCUCUGGCCAAAGAGGCCCUGGCCGAGGCCGAAAAGGCCAUCGCGUUUGACCCCAAGGACGCCGCUGCUCACAUCCUCAAGUCCCUGGCUCUCGACCUCCAGGGCUUCAGGACUUCCGCCCUCGACUCGCUCGACGCCGCUCUUUCCCCUCUGUGCGUCAAGUCUCUGAGCGAUCAGGAGCGAGGGGACGCGCUCUUCAAGAGGGCCGAGUUGAAGGUCGCCAUCGCUCGGCGCGGCCGGACCGACUCUGCCGUGGCGGACUUGGAAGACGCGGUGACUCUGAGUCCGGAAAACGCCAAGGCGUUUCGUCUAUUAGGGGAUUGUUAUGAGGGGAAGAAAAUGAAAGAGGAAGCCAAGAAGGCUUACCAGGAUGCCCUAAAGAUCGAACCCGAACUGACCGCAGCUCGCGAGGCACUGGACCGGCUGGGUUCAUAG